AUGAUAUUGCCGACAUAUAGAUUACCCACUCGCAAAACUAUAUCAUCUAGUUUAGUGCCUAAAUUGUACCAGAGUACUAAAGAAAAGGUUUUAGAAUUGACUGCCGAAGCUGAGGCUGUAUGCCUUACUACUGAUGGUUGGACAUCUAUUAAUAACACAGCAUUUAUAGCCCUUACAGCUCAUUUUAUCAACAAAAACUCCCUGCUUAAAUCAGUUUUGUUAGGCUGUUCCCAAUUAGACGAACGUCAUACAGCACAAAAUUUGUCAAACUUCUUAAAAAAUGAAACGUCGAAUUGGGGAAUCACAAACAAAAUAGCAGGGAUUAUAACAGAUAACGCGGCAAAUAUUGUAGCGGCUGUUCAUUUAACAACCUGGCGACACUUUCCAUGUUUUGCCCACACAGUAAACCUUGUCGUCCAACAUAGUUUGAACGCUAUGAAACCACAGCUAGAUAAAGUAAAAAUGAUAGUGGAGUAUUUUAAGCACAGCUCUUCUGCAAACAGUCGGCUACAAGCUAUGCAGACACAGAUGGAAUUACCACCCUUAAAGUUAAAACAGAGCGUUGUUACCAGAUGGAACUCCACUUAUGACAUGUUGACACGUAUAUUAAAAAUUAAAGAUGCUGUAGUAAGUACUCUUGCUAUCGAACAACCGCGCCUCAACACCUUAUCACCUGAAGAUUGGCUGCUGAUAGAGCAGUGCAUUAAUAUCUUGAAAAUAUUUUACGAAGUGACGGAAGAAAUAAGUGCUGAAAAAUCAGUUACAAUAUCAAAAGUUAUGCUUUUGGUAAAAAUAAUGAAAAAUCACGUGACAAAAAAUCUGAUUGAAAAUGGUUCAGAUCAAUAUCUUCAACUUUUAAACGAUCUACAAGAACAAUUAAAUAGUCGGUUCCGUGACCUUGAAAAUAACAUAUUAGUCACGGAGGCAUCUUUUUUAGAUCCAAGAUUUAAAAAGCAUGCAUUUACUACCAUGGAAAAAUACGAUACCUGUCUAAAAGGUAUAAAAAGAAAACUUCGCUCUUUAGCCGCACAAGAUUCAAUACCAUUGCUCGAAAUUGCUCCGACUAUGAAUGAGGCGCAGGCGUCAUCUUCUACGAGUAGCAUGUGGGCUGAUUUUGACAAAGAAGUUGAAAAUGAUAUCAUAAAAAAUCCUACAGCCGCAAUUAAUCUAGACAAAGAAACAUUACCACAAACUACAUGCGUGAAGUACUUAGGAUUUUACUUAGACCGACGUCUCACAUGGAAGGAUCACAUUAAAAAUAAGCGCGACGACCUUAAUAACCGCUUUAGAAACUUACUCUGGCUUCUAGGCAGGCAGUCUGUAUUGUCUCUCAACAAUAAAUUGCUAGUGUAUUGCGCUAUUCUGAAACCUAUUUGGCUCUAUGGAAUUCAGAUCUGGUCUACCGCUAGCACAUCCAACACUCUAGUCAUCCAAAGAGCCCAGAAUAGAAUAUUAAGAACAAUUGCUAAUGCGCCCUGGUACUCACGCAACACUGAAAUACACCAAUACUUAGAAAUACCAACAAUUCAGGAAGAGAUAAAGAAGCACAAAAUGCAACAUCGGACACGCUUGUUGAAACAUCCAAACCCACUAGCUUGUGGGCUGUUGACUGCUGACAGAGUUAAAAGAUUAAAACGGGCAGACGUGCUCGAUACAAUGCAGACUUGA